AUGAGUAACAACGAUGCUGCUCUUGAGGCGAUUCGGGCUGCCUUGGGCGCCAGUGCCCCACUCCUCCAACAUCUCCCGAGCGACAAGGUCAGGAUUAAGUCCUUCGAUGCCAAAAAGGGAGAUCGCCCUAAUACUAUGCCAAUUCGUAUGCUCUUCGGCCAGAUCAAAGAGGGACAAGACAAGGACAGCACUGUGUGGAUAUUGCUACAGCACAACCACUCUGCUGACCGCUCGCCCUGUCACUUCUUCAACAUUUUCGAUCGCUUCGACUCAAUCGUGGGUCAGAUCAAUGUGGAGGAUGCUGUACGGCGCACGAAUCCAACGGCUCCUUUCAAAUGUCUCAAGAAAUCAGGCGACAUAGAUGGAGAGCAGCUGCGGGCAGUAACCAAAUACUACUUCAUCUCGAAAGAAGUGAAUACUUCUUCUCCAUGGACAGUUGGACCACAGUUCAUGAAGUCGCUCAGGGCAGCAUGUAUAUUGGCGAGAGAGUAUGGAGUAAAGGUGGCUGCGAACCAGGAGAGGGAAAAGAGUCGAGAGGCAGCUGCCCAGAAAGAAUGCGGGAUCAAACUGAAGCUCGAGCCUCCGGCAUCCAAGGCCUGUGUAGGAGAAGAUAACGGUGUCUCGGUCAAGCUGGGUGAAGGAUCAGCGAGUGUCACUUCAUCCGUCACUAGAGUUGCUACUCCUCUCAUCACCAAGGCUAGGAGGACUCCGCAGCCUCCGAAACCGCAACGCGCUCCCAUAGCCUCCAUGAUACCCUCAACUCAAGAAUCAUCUGAUUCAUCUGACUUGUUCAUUCCAGAGAAUGACCAUGUUCAGGCUGCUUUCGAGCCCCCCGUCAAUAACACCCGAGUCAGAAUUCCGGACAUCUCCACAGUUCCAAAAGCCAUGAUAGGUCCAUCAUAUCAUAUGCCUCCGCUUAAUGCAACGGCCAAUGUCUCUGAUGCUCCAAAUUUCAACAGAUACUGCGAUUUUCUCAUCCGCUCAGAUUUAGACGGGACGAAUGAUGACAGCGCAACCAUGGACACUUCAAGGUCAACACCUGCGCACACAGAAUCUGGAGAGACCGAGAAAAGCCCCAAUUCCCAGUCGCCCGACAACUUCGUAUCCGCUUACCGAAAGAAUACUAAGGACAGAGACGCUAUAAAGAACGAGAUCAAGGCUGUUACGAGAGAGCAGAAGGCCGUACAGGAGGCAAUGGAAGCUGAGUUGGCCGGUCUUGAGGAUAGGAAACGAAAGCUGAAGGAAGUGCUUCGCUCGACCGGAGUGGCAAAGAAGCGUCUUCGGGAGUCACUCUCGGAGAAGGAACGCGGGCUGCUUGUUCUCGGAAUGGAACUCGCAGAGAAAAGGUUGAAGCGGUUAAAGACAAAUGCACAGUCAGAGGAAGGCACCAGUGGAGACGAGGACUAG